AUGGUCAAUGAGCGAACGACACUUCAGAAGGAGAACAAAAGUAUCCCGCGACACGUAACCGAGAGGGGAAUUGUCGACGAGAUGUUGAAUCCAGUUUUCGCGGGGACGGACACGACGGGGAACAAGCUCACGUAUCUCUUCUACGAGAUGGCGCGCCACCCCGAAUGGAAGAUGCGGCUGCACGAGGAAUUAAAGCGCGUGGUGGGUGAUACCGCCAGCCCUGAGUAUAAUGUGAUUGAGAAGCUCCCAGUCCUGGAGGCGGUCGUGCAGGAGAUCUUUCGAUUGAGGCCCGCGGCACCAGAUGCGUUGAUGCGAGUCACGCCCGAGGGCGGUGCGGUCGUGGAUGGCGUGUUUGUUCCUGGCGGGAUCACAGUAUCCUGCCAAGCGCUCUCCACGCAACGGUCGCCAACCAUCUUCCCAGACCCUGACCACUUACAACGAUGGCUCAACGCUUCCCCUAAAGCUUUAGACCUAAUGCGCGAGCAAAUGCUGCUGUUCGGCAAAGGCGCGCGGUCCUGCCUGGGGCGAAGGAUCGCAAUCAUGGAGAUCAAGUGUGCCUUGACGGCUGUAAGCAGGAGGUACAAGGUCGAUAUUGGAAGUGAGACGACAGAUGACGAUAUGCAGAUGAUUGACCAUUUCGUGUUGAUUCCGAAGGGCCAGAGGUGUGUUUUGAAAAUUACGAAGCUUUAA